GAGAUGUGUUUGGAAUGUUUUGUUGAUAGUUUCUGCGGCGCUUGUAUCUUGCGGAAAACAACGCGAUGGAACCCCAUCAGCUACAGAAUACCGAGCGUGAAAAGAGUGAAAAAGUGAAGAUAUCUAACCAGGUGAAGCACAUCCCGAAAGAUGCACAAGUUGUGAUGUCCAUCCUGAAGGAGCUGGGAGUGAACGACUACGAGCCCAGAGUUAUAAAUCAACUGCUUGAGUUUACUUAUCGAUACGUAACAUGCAUCCUCGACGAUGCCAAGAUAUACGCCAAUCAUGCCCGCAAGAAAGUGAUCGAGCUGGACGAUGUGAAGCUGGCAACGCAAAUGAUUCUCGAUAAAGCGUUCACCACUCCUCCACCGAGGGACGUUUUGCUGGAAAUUGCCCGGAACCGUAAUGUCACACCGUUGCCACUGAUAAAAACACAUUGCGGUUUGCGGUUGCCACCGGAUCGUUACUGCCUAUCGGCUUGCAAUUACAAGCUCCGUGCCGCCCAGCAACCAAAGCGCAUGAACAAAUCCGCUCUUGAGGGUCGUUCAGCGCUGAAGACGGGUAAAGCUUCGUCAGGCGGAGGCUCAGACAGCUCGGGUACCGGUGGAAGCGUCAAGCGGCCUUCCGUUCAGUCCACUCCCAAGACGCAAGUGGUUAGUAUUCCGAAGCCCACGUUUAAGUUUAGCACCGCAGCGAAAACAACACCGGCCGCAACGAAAACGGUAAAAACGUCGGUCACGUCCAACGCACUCGGAAGCACUAAUGGAACAUCCGGUGGAAAUGGCGCGACGGCCGGCGGAGUGGAAGUAAAAAUGGAACAAGAUGAUCAGUUCGGAGAUACGUCAAGCAACAAACGAAAGCGCGAGGAAGAUGAUUUCGAAAUCGUACAGUAACAACAGAAUAAGCUUCUUGCGCUCGAUUGUGUUCAAAUUUAAAUUUAUAAUAAAAAAUAAUAUGAUUGUCUUAACUUA